GUACUUUCCCCACUAUUUGUCUGAUAAGAUAAUCAAAUUAGCUAAUCAACCCGAACCGACUCAACCGACCAGCUGUGGCCCAAUUAUCGGAAAAUCAGAGCCAUAAUCGCUAGAGUCAGCAACAAGAUGCGACGUCCGUUGUCACCAACGCUAGCCAAGCUGGCCGAGCAGGAGCUGAACGAAACACCCGACAGGAUACAGCAGGACAUUAUCAUCUUGCGGGUCUGGAUACGCCAGCAGCCACAUUUGAGGGCGCGCACCGAGGACGACUUUCUGAUUGCGUUUCUGCGACGCUGUCGCUACAGCCUAGAGGAAACCAAGCGGCGACUGGAUCGUUACUUCUCCUACUAUAAUCUCUUCCCAGAAAUUAUGAGCAACCGAUAUAUCACACAGCGGCUACUGGAUGUCAAUAGAUUGGGGAUGUUCAUCUACCCGGACUUGCCCAAGUGCGACAACCGCACAGCUCUGUUCAUAGCACGCUUUGGCAGACUCGAUCCCAAUCAGUACAGCUUGCGGGAGAUUUACCAUUUCACGUCCAUGGCCAUGGAAAUCGUGGCCCUGGAGAACGAUUAUGCGUCUGUGGCGGGAAUUUGUGAGAUCAUCGACUUGGAGGGCGUCAGCUCGGACAAGAUGCGUCGCUUCGACAAGCAGUUCUUUCGCAGAUGGUGGAGCUGGCUGCACGACUGCAGUCCGCUGCGCAUCAAGGAAGUCUACGUGAUCAACAUGCCCAAGGACAUUCAAGGCAGCAUUAUGUAUCUCUACAAUAUGCUCAGCAUGCAGGUCAACUAUCCGAUACGCGUGCUGAAGAACACCGAGGAGCUCUUCGACCACAUCGGGAAAAGCUCGCUGCCCGAGGAAUAUGGCGGCACCAAUGGCCACCUGAACGAGAGCAUCGCCUAUAUGGAGGAUUUGCUGAAUAGCUAUCGGGGCUACUUUGAGCAGGAGUACAAGUACGGCACCAUUGAGGAGCUGCGACCGAUUGAGACGGCCACCUACGAGGCAGAGUUUGGCGUCAACGGCUCCUUCCGCAGGCUGAACUGGGAUUGACAGCGAUCGGGGCGAGGCUGAACCUAUUGUUAAGUCAAAUAUCUGCUGUAGCCGAUCAAUUAAAAUUGUGUACACCACAUAGAUAAACAAUAUAUCGCAUAAUGCGCACUAUCUACAAGUACAC